AUGUGCAUCGUACUCCUCACUACUGCGCAUCCCGAUUAUGCAUUGAUCGCCAUUGAUAAUCGGGACGAGUUCAUUCUCCGCCCAACAUCACGGCCGCACUGGUGGACUCAUAGCGCAUCUGGCCGACCAGUCUUGUCGUCACGGGACCUUCAGCGUGCAGAGAAAGGAACUUGGAUGGGAAUCAGCAAAGAUGGGCUCAUGGCGGUACUCACAAAUUACCGCGAGACUGAUAUCAAAGAUCAGAACCACCCCAUCCAUGCCGCCAAAAGCCGAGGCGGUAUGGUCACCGCCUGGUUGGGAACACCACCCGAGGAGGGCCUCAAAGACAGCGUCCACAACUUGGUCAAGGAUGACGGCGUCAAGGGCGUCGGCGGCUUCUCCAUGGUUUGUGGGAAGCUAAGGAAGAAGAGUCAAGGUAUUGCCAUUAUCAGCAACCGGGCGGGCAAUGUCAACGAAGUGCCCAUCAUUGCCAAAGAGCGCGGCGAGAUCUGGGGCUUGAGCAACACAGCAUUCGAUGCGGCAGUAAAGGAGGAUGAAUGGCCCAAGAUCUCUAUGGGUAAGAAGCUCUUCCGUGAAGCCAUCGACAAUUCGGUAUCGAAACAGUCAAGCCCAGAUGAUAUAAUUUCCGACCUGUUCUCCGUCCUCAGCCACGACACACUGCCAAGGAACGAAAGCGCUAGUCUGGUUGAGUAUAUCAGCGAGCUCAAGAAGAGCAUCUUCGUUCCGUUGAUUGGCGACGAGAAGCACCGCAAGUCGAUGCAGGAGGCGAUGGCGAAAGGACCUGGUGAAUGGGCGGAAGAUGAUCAGGCGGCAGCUGAAGAGCUCAUGUCCGAGGGCCGACCCGAUCCAAGCACAACCCCAAUCAUGGGCUUCGAGACCGGCAUGUAUGGAACGCAGCGGCAGACGGUGGUUAUGGUCGAUUGGGAGGGUAACGUCACCAUGGUAGAGAGGGCACUCUGGGACGGCAACGGCAACGCAGUACCCCAAGGAGAGGGCGAUUUCAAGUUCGAGUUUGCCAUCAGCGGAUGGAACGACGAAUUAUCCGAGGACAAGGCGCAUGGGGUAAACGGCGAGAGCAAUGGGCAUUUGUAG